GAGAUUCCUUUCUUCUUAGCUUAAAUAAAACGAUGGUAUAUAACAGCCUGUAUUAGAUUCUCCCAAUCUAGAAGGUUAAUGGUGUAUAUUAUCACUGGGCCUGACCCACUUUAAUAAACUGGGGCUUAAUUAAGUUUUGAGGCCUUAAAUUAAAAAAUUAAAAAAUCAUGUGAUAAUUAUAGUAAAGAGAUGAAGACGGCAAAAAAGAUCAUCAUUUUAGUAGCAAAAGCGAUUUGCAAACGCCACCAACCGUUCCCGCGCCAUACGCGGCUCACGUUAGCCAUGAAUACGGUGGCUUUUUUUUUUUGGCUUCGUCCUUCUACUAUUAUUCCCACGUGUCGUAACUCCUCGUCCACGACGACCACCACUUACUACUACCAACUCCGCUAACAUGCGCUUCUAACUGACACCCUAUCCUCCGCCAUCCACCCUUAUCAUACGCCUCUCCCUUAUCUCCUCAAUUAUAACGUCAAAAUCGCCGCCGCGAAAAACCCAUCGCACCACAUCCAUCUCUUCUCCUUCCCCUCACGAGAGAGAGAGAUCUAAACCCCGAUCCAUGUCAGAUCCGGAUUCUCCCGCUCACGAUCCGAUCCCCGAUUCAUCACCGGCCAAGAUCGCCGCCUCCGUCGCGGCGACUUCAAAGAGCUCCAGACGGUUACCUCCGCCGUGCUGGACUCCCGAGGAGACGACCGCGCUCAUCGACGGCUACGGCGAGAAAUGGCUCGCGCUGAACCGCGGGAACCUCAAGGCGAAUCACUGGGAGGAAGUCGCGGAAACCGUCGCCGCCACGUGUCCCGACGUGACGCCGAGGAAGACGGCGGUUCAGUGUAGGCACAAGAUGGAGAAGCUGAGGCAGAGGUAUCGUACCGAGAUCCAGCGUGCGAGAUCUGUUCCCGUGGCGAGAUUCGUCUCCUCUUGGGUCCAUUAUAAGCGUAUGGAAGCUAUGGAGAGUAAACCGGAGACUAAACCGGGUGGUGACGAGGAGACAACAACGACGCCGAGGUUUUUUAACAGGAAUGGUGGCGGCGGAGGCGGCGGCGGGGGGAUUAGGAUUCGGAUACCGACGGGAGUGAGCGUUGCGCAGCCCGGUAAGGUCGAACCGGGUUUAAAUCCGAGACAUGGUCGUGUUGUCGGGACGGGGUUGAGUUACGGGGGGAGGGUUGUCGGGGGAGAUGGUGAGAGAGGAGGGAAGCGAGGGAGUGAUGAUGAGUCAGUUUGGGAGAUAGUUGGGGCGAUAAAGAUGCUUGGAGAUGCGAUGUUGAGAACAGAGGAGAAGAAGAUGGAGAUGACGAGGGAGAUUGAAGGGAUGAGGAUGGAGAUGGAGAUGAAGAGGACGAAGAUGGUGUUGGAGUCUCAGCAACGGAUUGUGGAGGCGUUUGCUAAAACUAUGGAGGAGGAGAGGAAGAAGAAGAAAGCUAGAAGAAUAUCUUCUUCCUCUGAGGCCUGAUCAAAGAGGUUUUUUCAAAUAUUUAACAUUAUAUGUAUUAGUAUGUUGUUGAGGUUAAUUUAAAAAAAGUGUAUAAAGUAUUCCACCUCUUUAGUUUCCACAUGAAUAUGCAGUGGAAGAAUUGUUCUGUGAUAAGCUUGAAAAUGACAUUGAUGGAGUAGGAACAUGUCUAUUGUCUUCUCUUUCAAUACAAGGCUCCCAGUAGUUGCUAGACUGAUAAGCUGAAAGAUUUUCAGCUUUAGAAAACUGAUGGGAAGCAAUAAAACACAGCUUAAGUUUCGG